UCAGUCGCCAUAUUGUUCGCCAUUUUGCUCAGUGUAGCGAGUUGCAAAAGCUGUCUUCUGUUUGAAGUGUGUUGACUCACUGCAUUUAGUUGGAGACGAUUUGCAAGUUAUCCAGAACAAUUGUUUGGCUGUCGAGUCGCUUUUCUGAAGAUUUCACGUCGAUCUUUAGUAUCUUUGUCUUCCAGAGAUCGAUUCGUUCCUGUACUGAAGUAGAAGAGUCCUGCCUUCUCUUUGUCUUUGCCGCCGCCAUGGGGAAUUUUGCGUCACUUCUCCCAGAUGAAUCAGUAAUAGAGUGUAUUGACUUGGUGGAAGGUCAGUUCUAUGGCCUGGAAGGACCGCACAUGUUCUUGGGAUUUGAGGCGUUCCACCAGAGGACGGAGAGACACGUUGGACCGGCAAGAGAGCACGAGUCACUGGAGAGCCCGUCAUGAAGCCGGAAGACGUGGCCACUCAGCAGACCUAAGCCAAGACUGGCCUGAGCUGGAUUUCCUGCAGAGACUGCCACAGUUCCCCUUCCCCAUCCCCUCCCUUGCAGAAGUUGGAAGUACUGGGCCUCAUCGUGGCGCAAGGGUGAACACCCUGUUCAAACCACAAGACACAUGUCCUGCUGAAACAGGAGCAGACUGUGUGGAGAGGUUUGAGCUGGGUGGCCAACACAGUACUACACUCACCAGUGUGAAGGAUGAGUGGAGAGUCUAUAGGGGAGAGGAAGGCCAUGUCACUGACAUCGACAACUUUGUUCACAGGGGAGAGGAAGGCGGAAACUUUCACCGCCAACGUCUACCCCCACCAUCAACAUGUCUGUCGACAAAGGCGUGUUGGCGUGGAGUGGCAGUCUCAAGUCUCAGCUACCCAGUGUACUGCCCAGACAAGCCAGGCAAGUUUGGUGUCAAGAUAAUUCCAGCUCUGUGA